GACACCAGACAAGUCAGAGGUUCAGAUUUCCGAAAAAAAGAGCAUCAUAUUCGCACCAGCGAUUACAGAGGUUGGUCUGUGCCGUACAACGUCACAGUUAAAUAAGUACACCAAUCCUAGUGGAGAAAUGUAUGUAUGUUGGACACAAACAACUUUAAUCAGUCAAAACUGAUUAUAAAGGCCAUCUCCGAACUUUAUUAAGUCUGGCUUCUUUAUUAUUGCAGAAAAUCCUUCGAGGUUAGCCCCGUGCAAUACUGUCUCUUCAUGAGCAUUUGUUUUACCAAGCUGUUUCCAGAAUAUUCAGAUGAGGCGGAAGUAUUUGUGUACCUGCACAACCCCUUAGAUGUCGUAGCGCCCAACGACAUAACCAAUGUCUAUCAAAUUGCGCCGCAAGCUCGAGUUUUAACUGUUGAUCUGGAGAUCACUGCAUUCAGCGCUGAAGCUCAGGUGCGCCGAAUACCGAUAGAAUAUCGCAAAUGUCGCUAUCCAGACGAAAGUAAUCUCAAGUACUUCGAGACCUACUCAACAGCUUUGUGUUGCAUGGAGCACCGCAUUCAUCGGGCCAUGCAACUAUGUAACUGCAAGCCACAUUUCUAUGCGGUCGGAGCCGAGCUCCCGACGUGCACUAUCGAUCAGCUUUUGUGUUUGCAACGACACAAUUGGACGCAGACAAAUUGCACCUUCUGCUUACAGCUCUGUGAGUAUAUGUUCUAUGUGCAACUACAGCAGAGUAUUGAGCAGCCUAUGCAUGGGCUGCAAUUGGAGGGUGUAAUGGGUCAAAAAUUUGAACGCACCGUCAACAUACAGCUCAAUUUGCCGUAUCGAGGUAUACGUCGACGCGUGGUCUUCAGCUUCGAUGAGGUGGUCGUCUCGUUUGGUGGUGCGUUUGGGCUGUUCUUAGGCGCCAGCUUUAUCAGCACUUAUACGAUAAUAAAGAUUUUCGGCGAUUUCCUGAUGCUAAAUUUUUUGCAAUUUUGUCGACAACAAGUACUUCGUAGAAGAAGAUUUCGCAUUCGUGUGCUUUAAAGCGCUGUAUGACGUACGUGAAAAGCUACGAGAACAGUCACUGUAGCUUGAAAUGUAAUUAUAUAAGGCAAUUGAAUUUGUAUUGCUGGCGCAAUCAACUGGACUAUCGAUUUUCUCUGACACAUUUCCUUCUCUUUUCGCUCAAAUGCUUAAAUGCCAAGAAAGCUGCUGACACCUAACGAAGGCACGCCGCCAUGCAAUAGCGGUACAAUUUAUGAAGGUAAAAUGCUAUAAAUGAAAUUCAUCACAGGGUGAAUUCCGUAGAAAGUAUAUAUGCUUAGCUCACAAAUGCUUAUAUUUUGCUUGCAAUGCAUAAAUGUAUGUCAGAUGUGUUACAGAGGAAAUGUCAUCAAAAUGCAUUUGCGCAUUAUUUUUUCGAAUUCGAAAUGACUAGAAAUAUAAAUAAGUGUCGCAUUAAUGUUGAAAUUAAUGAACAUUUGUUCGGAACACUUGUGGAAUAGUAAGUCAUGGAAUAUGCUUGAAAUUGCAAUGAGCAUUGAGCUUACAACGGGAAGCAAAGACCAUGACAAACUGUCUGAUGAAAUGAUUAGUGGGUGUAAAAUAGUUAAUUAUUGACUUCUAGGCACACAAU